AUGAGUUUGUUUGCCUUACAACCUCUUGUUGCGGCUGAUCGCUGUCCCCUUCCUGAACCCAAAGCUGAUUUUGUUGUUGAUCUUAGCAAGUCCGAAGUUUCUGACAAAGAAAAAGAGCAGUUACAAGCUCUCUUUUACGAGUUCCGCGAUAGGAUAUCCCAAAGUUCCUACGACCUAGGAUUACCCGGCGAGGCUAUGGAAGGCGACUCGACAGUUACUCCUACACCAGCUGCAGGCAUGGAACAACUGACCGCGCCUACUCAUGUGCCACUCACCUCCGAGCCGAGAGAAAUGGAAGCAUUGAUGCCCACUUCUUCCACCAGUGCCGAGCGUGAAUCUUCCUCAACUUCUGAUCUUGGGGUCCCCGCGCGCGAGGAGCACUACAGCGAAUGGCUUUGGCUUGAAGAUCGUCUUGACCAGUUUGAUAGCUACAUUCGUGAUCCUCGCGCAGCAAAGAAGCGCAUGGCUCAUCUCUUUAGAGUUGCUUGUUCAGCACUCGCUGCGGCCGAAUCGUCUACUGAAGAACCUUGA